GAAGCAUUUUAAAAAUACUCUACAAAGGAACUGGACCUGUGAGCUAUUGUUAUAUAUACAUUUGUAUAUUAAUUUGAAUUUGUUCACACAUUUCCUUAUUACGACAACGAACAAAUAACAUCUGUGAAUAUGUGAGUAUCCAAAACACAUUCAGUUAAUCAGUAUCAUCAUUGUCCUCGGAGGUCGUUGUGUGUCAGCUCCACAGCUAAGAUCAGCAAUCAAGAAAGCUCAUCAUCUGAACCGGCUUUUGGACAUAGAGAAAUAUAUCAGACUGCCAACAAUGACAAUGGUUUCCUCUCUUCAUGAAAGUUUUAUAAGAGCACUGACGAUCAUCUCUGUUAUUCUGUCUGUUAAUAACAUCACCAGCCGUAACACAUUCGCAAUGAGCUCAGACGUUAUUAACACCACCAACCCUGAAACAACACUCACACCAGAGAUGAGCUCAGCUGACGUUCCCGGCAUUAACAACAGCAUUAACGCCAGCUCUACAACCGACACACCAGUGAACAUCUCAAGCGUAACUUUGGAUUUGAAUAACUCCACAACAUUUACUAGCUCCUCUUCGUCAGAACCAGUCACUUCUGCUUCUACAUCUACAGUUUCUUCGCAGCCAGUCACUUCUCCCGCAACUAUUGGUUGUACUUUCAUAGUUUCUUCACACACGGUCACUUCCAAAACGUCUACCAUUCACGAAACUACAGCUCCUUCAGACACGGUCACUUCCACAACAUCUACUGGUCCCACUACCACAGUUCUUUCACAACCAGUCACUUCCACAACAUCUACUAGUUCUGCUUCCACGGUUUCUUCAGACAUGGUCACUUCCACAACAUCUACCAGUGCCACUACUACAGUUCUUUCACAACCAGUCACUUCCACAACAUCUACUAGUUCUACUUCCACAGUCUCUUUUCAGCUAGUCACUUCUACAACAUAUGAUUGUUCUUCUUCAGUUUCAGAUUCUUUAUACGUUGUCGACUCCCCCAUAUCCAUAAAUCCCACUACUACAGUUCUUUCACAACCAGUCACUUCCACAACAUCUACUAGUUCUUCUUCCACAGUUUCUUCAAAGCCAGCCACUUCCACAACAUCUGGUAGUUAUUCUUCUACAGUCUCUUCACAGCCAGUCACUUCCACAACAUCUACUAAUUCUACUUCUACAGCUUCUUUACACAUGGUCCAUUCCACAACAUCUACCAGUCUGAAUACUACAGUUCUUUUACAAGCGGUCACUUCCACAACAUCUUCUAGUUCUACUUCUGCAGUCCUUUUACAGACGAUCACUUCCACAACAUCUAAUAGUUCUACUUCUACAGUCUCUUUACAGCCAGUCACUUCCACAACAUCUUCUACUUCUACUUCCACAGCUCCUUCAGACACGGUCACUUCCACAACAUCUACUGGUCCCACUACCACAGUUCUUUUACAACCGGUCACUUCCACAGCAUAUACUAGUUCCACUUCUACAGUUUCUUCACAGCCUGUAACUUCCACAGCAUAUAUUAGUUCAACUCCUACAGAUGUUGAUUCAACUUUUUCACACACUGUCACUUCCACAACAUCUACCAGUGCCACUACUACAGUUCUUUCACAACCAGUCACUUCCACAACAUCUUCUACUUCUGCUUCCACGGUUGUUUUACAACCAGCUACUUCCACAACAUCUUCUACUUCUACUUCCACAGUUUCUUCAGACAUGGUCACUUCCACAACAUCUACUGGUCCCACUACCACAGUUCUUUCACAACCAGUCACUUCUGCAACAUCUACUAGUUCUACUUCCACAGUUCUUUUACAACCAGCUACUUCCACAACAUCUUCUACUUCUACUUCCACAGGGCUGACUCUCACACCACUAGAACUGUACAAGACCACAGGACGGUGUGUAGAUCUUCUCGACAGUAUAGAAAACAUGGCAGCAGAAGUGCUUCCAUUGACCAAUGUAACCAGCAUUUUGAAUGCGGUCCUCAAUGCUUCAGAGAUGUUUCUAGAUUCAUCGUCAACUGACCCAAAUAAACUGGUGUCAACUGGAAACCGUUUGUUAAAAGCCAGCGAGAAACUUGUGUCAAUGCUGGUAAAACCAACAAACACAAUGGACAAUGUCAGUUUUACUCUUGACUCUUUGGAGGUAGAAGUCUUCAUGGUUGGACCAAAUGUCACCUUAGAGAAAAUCCCCCUACUUGAUACAACAAAUGCUUCUGUAAACAUCGAUCUAAUUGGGAUCGCCAAGAACAACAAUGAAACAAGAUCAGCUGCUGUGGCUUUCAUGAGCUACACUAUGAUGGAGAAUCUUCUGAAGCCAGACUUCUUCAACACAUCAAAUGACAAGAUUAAAACCAUGCUGUCUACUGUGAUCUCAGCUACUCUUCCCAAAACCACCAACACUAAACUCACUGAACCAGUCAACUUCACCCUAAAACACAUCAGAGAGUUUGAUCCCAGUGGUUCUCUGUCCUGUGUGUACUGGAAUAUCAGCGAGUGGAUUGUAGAUGGUUGUUCUGUUUUAGAGACCAACAGCAGCUUCACUGUGUGUUCCUGUGUUCAUCUCUCCACAUUCGCCCUCAUCAUGCAAACCAGCCGUCCACCAGAGAGAGACUCACUGAUGGAGCUGUUGAAUAUGGUGUGUGUGAUCGUGGGGCUGGUGUUCUUCAGUCUGGCUCUGUUGACCUUUGCCCUUUGUCAGUGGAGUCCUGGAGUGAAUAAUGUGGCUCGGAUCAACAUCUGCAUCAGUCUUCUGCUGGCUCACCUUCUGCUUCUGCUCACACAGCAGUUCCUGAAGCUCAUACGACCUCAGCAGGUGUUGUGUGCCGUGAUCGCAGGCCUUCUGCACUUCCUCUUUCUCUCCGCCUUUGUGUGGAUGUUCAUUGAAGCCGUGCUGCUCUUCAUCCGUGUGAAGAACCUAUCACAGAUCAGCUCAAUUAAUAAGGAGGUGCUUAGCAGCGGAUUCUUAUGUGUGAUUGGAUAUGUGGUUGCUCUGUCUGUGGUUACCGUGUCUGGUGUGGUGGAUCCUAAAGACUACGGAAAUGAAGAGUGCUGGAUUGAAAGAAAUGCCAUCAUCUCAAAAUUUCUAGGACCUCUUUGCAUGAUAUUAAUGUCGAACACGAUUCUCUUCAUCAAAAUCCUCAUCAAUUUAUAUUCAACUCUCAAAAAUCUCAACGCUGAAGUUUCACAGAUGAAACAAACCAAGAUUAUGGUGUUUAAAACUCUGGCUCAGUUUGUGGUUCUUGGUUGCUCCUGGAUUCUGGGUUUCUUCACUAAUGGCAGUAAGGUGCUGGAGAUCCUCUUCUUGAUCUUGAACUCUCAGCAGGGAACCUUCAUCUUCCUGAUCUACUGUGUCCUCAAUAAGGAGGUCAGACAGCAGUACAGGAAGUUCUUCAGAUCUCUUUGGUGUGUCAAACAACAGGACUACAACAUCAUGAUCAGAAAGUAAAAAAAAAAAAAAAAAGUACUGCUAAAAUGCUAAUAAAAUGCAGGUUCUGUUUAUAAUAAAAUACACAGCAGAAUCAAUUAUUUGUGUGAACAUUUUAUGAAAUAAAAAUAAUAAUAAUUGUUUACGAACAUCUUACAAAUCAUAGAAAAGUACACUUUGUUUACUUAAUAUGCAAGCAUUGUUUACUUUAAAUACAUUUACUAUAACACAUUGAAUAAAUGCUUAGAAAAUAAAAAGUGCUUCAUGCUUGUACUGUGAAAUUAAAUAAUAUAUAUAUAUAUAUAUAUAACAGCAGGUGUCCAUCACUGUACUUCCUGUGAUACUGUACUAACUCAAGCCACCAACCUGAUCACGGUUUCUUUUGGCUUGGUUAGCUGCUAUAAUUCAGCCCUAGCAGUCAAACACUGUCUAACGGGUCAAGAGCCGAACUACAGCAAACACUGACUACCAUAAUGGAAAUAAUAAUUAUUAUUAUUUUCAUCAAUUGUACUUAAAGGUUAUUGUAAUGAAAGCACACUUUAAAGUAAACCUUUAUAUAGUAGAAAGUGGGCCAGUUUAGUCCACUUUGACUUUUAAAGUAUACUUCUUUUUGGUAAGGGGAGGAGCACAUAAUCACAUGUGGAUGUGGAUAUAUUAUCACUGAAUAAUUGAUAUCAGAUUUUACAUAUCUUAAUAUCGACUUUGUGUACUUUGAUAUGCAUGACUGGUUACUAGUUAGAGUAACAGAGAGAUAUUUCAAAUAUUAAUUUCACAACAGUAAGCCCUGUAAAUUUACAGUAAAGUUACCGUAUUCAGUGAUGUGACGUUUUAACAUCUCAAGAUCAUCACACUGUUCUCUCCCACACUUUUUGCGAGACGAUUUGGCUCAGUUCUUUUUAUUUUAUUAAUUUUAUUGAAACAUUUUUAUUUAAAUUUUCGUAAACGUCUAACGUCUGAACUUUGUAGACACGCAGCAUUCUAUAGAUUUUUUUGGGCCUCUUUUUUUAAGUACUGGUAAAUGAUUAAUAGUUAAUAUUUGAUCAAAUAAUAUUAAAAAUUCUUCUGCUCCUGGUGGAUUUGCAUCUUUGGUGCAAAAUGUAAAGUAGGGGGCAGAUCUGUGUUUAUCUUGUUACAGCAGAAUGGAAAUAAAAUGAUAAGGUGUUUCUCCAAUCCAAGGUGUAGAUCUACUGCGUCCAAAGGUUUUAAGAUUAUUCAUGCUGUUGAAAAAAGAAAUAGUUUCCCUCUUUUUAUGAAGAUCGUCUUUUUAUCGCCUUUACCAGAUGGAUGUGGAGGUGUUGUAAAGCAAAUAAGCCAAGUCGGCCUUUGUAUUCUUGUUGGUUUCAUAUAAAAAUCAACUUGGCAUGUGUUCGCUUAUUUUGUAUGAAUUUGAAUACGAAUUUUAAUGUGCACAGAAAGAGAUUACACAGUUAGUUUCCUAGGGCAGAUGACGUCGUAUUAAUAUACAGAUGCCAUAUACAUUUGUGACACCAACAUUUACACACAGUCGAGAAAAACCUUCACCAGGUAAGACUCUUAGAAUACUGCUUCUAAUACACGUAAAUAAAAGCCCAAUUAUUAGUUGUUUGUGGCAUUAUUUUUAUCUGUGGUAUUAAUAUUCUUUGCUAUUAUGAUGAACUAUCAAAAUAAUUAUAAUGUAUCGCACUGAAUUGAUUUUUAUAUUAGGUUAUAUACUUAAUAUCAAGUAUUUCUAUAAGCUUUGUCCCGUCUGAAAUCAGCUGCUGAGUAAUAAACAUAUGGUAGGACUUUUACUCUUUCCAACUUUUGCCUUUAAA